AUGUCGAAAGUACCAAAGAGGCUCUGCCACAUACUGGUUACACUGGCUGAUGGGUUUCUCAUGCUAUAUAAAGUGACCUUGAGUGCCAUGCAAGGGCUCGUGAAUAUUGGCACUUCCAUCUUCAUUAGACCCAUCACAUGGUAUAGUGUUCUGGGCUCGAGACCUCACGACAGCUAUGCGAGGCAGGCCGCAGCUUCAUCAGAUAUGGUGUAUCAGGGGGACUCCAAUGACAUGCAGGCUGAGGAAUUGGACUAUGCAUACAUUGAUAAUGAAACCGAAGACAUCGACUAA